GAAAAAAGUUAAUGUUUCGUUUUUAUGGCAGCUUGUAUUUCUGUUGUUGCCUCGAAUGAAGGAAUAAGUGUAGCGAACAGAAGCCUGGUUAUUAUACCGGGCAUUCUAAGCGAGGAAGGGCUCAGUUUGACGGCAGAAACUUGUUCGUUGGGCAAUGCAAGGCAACCAAGUGGAUCAAAUGUGCAUUUCAAUAUAAACGUGGGAGAGAAAAAUGAAAGUCGAAUUUGUACAGGUUCCUUAUUGCUGCCUAAUGGGUUAAAAUUGAUUGGAAAUAUAUCUCAUUUACUCAGCAAGGUAUAUAUGGCCUGCCACAACAAGUUUCAAUGCGAAGGCAUCUGCAACCAGAAUAUCGUGUACACUGUAAACGCCUCAGCAUACACAUUUACACCCCAGUUAAACAAUAUAAACAUCUCACUACGGGCUGAGAUAUGGCAGUGCGAGCAAAACCAAAAAAGUGCUGCAAGCGGUCGCGAAGUUUACAUCAUUGUGGCGGUUGCUGCGGGAAUAAUAUUGACACUGGUUACAACAGGAGCGACGUGUUAUCGGCUCAAAAUAGAUACAGGCACGGUUAUGAUCGCUCAAGACGGCGUGGGAGAAAACGAGAAUGUUUGUGAGGAGAAUAUUUAUCAGGAUGUAUAUGUGCCUUGUGCGAGCGUCAAUCCGUGUGCAAAAUACGCAGCAAGAGUGUCCACUAUAUCGGAACAUGUAUACGAAAAAGCAGUGUGGAACGGAACACCAUUGUAUAUAGAUUUCAAUGCAUAAACAUCAUAACAUUUUAUUACAUGCAAAUAAACUGAAUAUGUAAAUAACGUUAUUAUCUUGGCUUCGUUUCACAGUUAAGAGUAGAACAGAGGAUUAGACAGUAUGGGCGAAACGACGACUAUUUAUAGCAGCGAUCAUAUAUAUAUAGUAGGGUGGG